AUGCAAGGAAGAAGGCUCCAGCCGCCAAAGGCGCAGAAGAGCGUUCCCUCAGUUGCAAGGUGGCUCUGCGACAGAGCUGCGGCAACCUUGCCGAGCUGCGGAUCAUCGCCAAAGGCGUUGAAGCCCGUAGUCAACUUGCUUGGCGCAUCUGCUGGGGCGCGAGGGCGGAAGGUGCAUUGCGGGCGUCUGCACCGCAUCUUACCGCUGGCGAAAGAGGAAGAGACCUUCGAGGAUUUUGAGGAGCUGGAAUCCUUCAUGGAAGCCACGCUGGAUUCCGAGCUGCCUCAUGCGUCUGCCACUCGAGGAGGACAAAUCUUGGACCAGUUUGCGCAUGGAGCCAUAAUUGGCCCUGGCAGUGUCUUCAGCCACACUACUGCAAGCGCCAUCCCUGUGGGCCUCCACCCGUUCACGGACGAGCAGCAAGCUGUCGAUGCAGAUGAUGAGCAUGAGCCAGCAUUUGACCUCCCCUUUGCCGGUGACAAGGCCCAAGGGAGGCGCAUCCACUUCUUCCGCGUGAGCCGGUGGCAACCUGAGAUAUCCUGCGUGAUUUCCGCACGAAGUGCGCUAAGUCCUCCUAGCGCGCGACAGACCUGGUCUGGACCAUGGAUCAACAGGCUACCGGAUCGGAAGUGGCACCUCCGACAAGCUUCCGUCAGCGCAUCUCUUGCGAACACAGCCUAUUUGGGAAGAGAGGUCGUCAACUGGGAGCAGCUCGACCACGUACGUGAAGGAGCACAAGCCUCCGCCAGCCAUGGGAGAAGAACCCUUUCCAGCUCUACAGAAUACCUGUACUUUCCAGGAUGGGGUCUUGAUGAUGAUUAUGCCUCGACGCUCUUCAGACAGAUCAAGCUCUCCAACCUGCGCCAUAUCAACCUGACCGACAACCGCCUCACAGAUUGCUGGAUCAAUUUCCUGCUGGAGGUUGCAGAAGAUCAGCCUCCUGUUGCUCUGCAGAGCUUGCACUUGGCCAAGAAUCGCCUGGGACACAUGGGAGGCAUGGCGCUGGCCAAUCUACUUGAGGGCACCAAAAGCUGCUGUUUGCAGCAGCUGGAUGUCGCUGAGAACGACCUUGGUGACGUAUCCGUGGUGAAGCUCUGCAACGCGUUGCGCAGGGCUUGCAAGACCAGCUUGAUUGGCCUUCGCCUGGCAAAGAAUUCGCUGGGUACCUCCAAGACUCUGGGAAUGGCGAUCGGGUCUCUCAUCGCCAAUGCUGCCAACAUCCAAGCCCUGGACUUGCAUUGGAACAAGAUCCAGGGAGCUGAUGCGACGCACAUCUUCAAAGGCUUUCGGAAUAACAGCCUGCGUCUCAAGGGGCAACUCUCCAGAGUAAAUCUGGCCUGGAACUGCAUUGGCCUCCGAUGCCGGGAAGAUGCCAUGCUGUGCCAAUGUGACCUUUGCAGCAACUGCAGCUCAGCUGUUCAGGCUUUGGCAGGAGUUUUCUCUGAUUGUGAGACCUUAUUCCACCUGGACCUCUCCUACAACUGCCUGUCGGCUGGCGAUUGUGCUACGUUGGCAGAAGGGCUUUCUUCCAACCGCAGCCUCUACGGCCUGCAUAUGACUGGCAACGCAGCUUUUGUUGACGACAUUGGGCUUCUUUGGCCGCGACUGGUCAGCGAAUCCAGCAAGCUCCAGGACCUCGUUCAGCGGGAACGUACCCGACGAUGCUUGGAUGAUUGCGUUCGCAACAUGCCACGCAACCUCUCUGUGGACCGCAUGGGCCGCUUUGCAGAGGAGCUCAAGCUAGUGUACGAACCUGUCAGCCCGUCGCUACGGAGAGUGGAGAAAGCUGAUGCAUUUUCUGAGGGUGAUCUCAGCUGGGAAAAGGCCUGGCUCGGGGUCCAUGCGAAGGUCCAGUCGGCACCUGCUUUCGUCCAAGAAAGUGAGGAGGUCAGUGCAAACGAGCGCUGCUGCUGGAUCUGUGAAAACUGGGUGAUGCAAGAGGUUUGCUACAUACCAGGCUGGUCUGGGUCAGAGAAAGUGCUGGAUGACAAUCUCAACAUUUUUGUCUAUUUCAGCGUGGACAACUUUACCAGGCCUACGAGACUCAGCAAGACCUUGCAGCGGUACUACCCACGAGAUUUUGAUCUCACAUGCUGGCACUCGAGCCCUGCGGGAAAUAGGCACGUCAAGAAGGCUCUUGAAGCUGCGCUGGACCCUGAGGAGGAUCGGCAACCCUUUGUGGUUGAUGGAAAUGUCGUGUGCUUUUGUGGCGUCCGCAUGCUGCCUCCCAGCUACGAUCGCAUCCAGGUCAUCUUCCAGGUGAACGAUGCUGCUGUUUCUGCUGACCACUUAGCGAAAGUGACGCUGACAGAUGCAGUUCACUUAUCUCUGCAUUGUGACGGCCGCACCAACAUCAAGGAGCCCUUGCCAGCAAUUCCGACAUUGCUGGAUCUCCCGCCAGUGGAAGUCCGCGAGGCCAACGUCAUAGAUGUCGAGAGACAAGCGCGGGCACUGUUUGAGCAAGGUGACAUGGAUGCUCUCUGCUUGAGCGAGGAUUUGCGUCUUCGAGCAGCCCCAGUCCCGCCUCGUUCUCUGCAACAGAGUCACAAGAAGCCUGAGUGGAGCUUCAAGAAGUCCAUCUUCAAGGAUUACCAUGGGGACUCGGAUGCAACUGUCCGGGCCUGUUUCGAGCAUGACUAUGCGCUGACCAGGCUUGACAGGUUUUGGAAGAAGCAUUUGAAGGGCGAGGAGCGCCGGGCGGAGCUGAGCAAAGUUGAAGCCUUCUUGUCAUCGGUGUACAGUGGUAUUAUUGCAGCAUAUAAUGCCACGUCCAUUAUGGACUGCUCUUCAAGUCGGCAGAGUUGCAGCUUGUCGCUGGCGGCCUUCUCGCAAAUGCUGAUUUCCCAGCCAUCUGAUGACAGGACUCCGGAAGUAUCAACACCCCGUGCACGGCGAACCACGACCCCGUCCGAUGGAAUGACAAAGACGAGAUCUCGAAGCAAACAGGCUUCUGGAGAAAUCUUGAAGAUGCGAAUGACCAUAACGGCAAGUUUAGAUGAUGCCCACCCUGUGAAUAGAGGAUUGCCAUUUGCCAAAGCCGAUGCCUUGUAUACAGCGGUGCUUGUCGAUCUGGACCACCUCAAUCUGGCGACGCUGUCGGGGUUGCCUUCUGAUGGCCUGGCUCGCUUCCAGUUUCUGGAGGUGUUGGUUUGUUGUGCAAUGGCCUGUGCCAACGGCCUUCCACCUCUGCAAGCUCUCCGCAGUUUCCUGUCAUGCCUUGACCUUGGCAAGCAAGAGCUGGUCGCAAGGCGAGAGUUGCAUGAGUCGCUUUUCACCGAAGACUCGUGCCAAAUCCUGCGGCGCAGCAUGAAAUCUCUGCAGGAAGUGUACCAUAUCUAUCAGAAGCGUCUGCGAAUAACGACUGGCGUCGAGGCUAGCAUGAUGUCUUACAGCGCAUGGCUUCUAUUUCUGCAAGACUGCAAGAUACCCUAUCUCGCUUCAGAAGAUUAUCGCAUGGCAUUCGUCCUUGGGAAGGAGCUUUGCCCUGAUCAGCACACGAACCUCAGACACAUGGCCCUCAGCUGGUCUGAGUUCUUGGUGGCAGUGGCUGCGGCAGUGCAGCUUUCGGGCCCGUUUCCGGCCGCGGAGUUGGCGGAUCGGUUGCUCGACUUCCUGGUUGAUGAUCUCCCGGAGGCCGUUCGAUGUGGCCGAGCGGCAGAGUUUGCUGAAGCUGGUGAAGUUGCUGCUUCGCUGGGCAGCAGCGACGCAAAGGAAGUGCAGCUGGUAGCGUUGGUAAGUCGCGCGUUCCAUGAAGCUGACGAAGAUGGCUCUGGACUUCUCUCGGUGCGCGAGUUUUCAGAGGCCUUGCACCAGCCUCGCACGCAGACAUCUUUGGAGGAGUUGGGUGUGCUAGUUGGUGAUGUGAAGCUCCUAUUCUUGCGUCUGGACGCUGACGACUCAGGCAGCAUAUCCCUUAAAGAGUUCGUUGACGGUCUCUUGCGGCUGCGUGGCGAGAUGCAGCUGCUGGAAAAGGGUGUCCGAGAGAUGCGCAAGGCCUUCUUCAAGAUUGAAACCAAGAGCGGUUCGAAGACUGGCAUUACCAAGGAGCAAUUCCUUGAGUAUAUUCGUAUACCAGCGAAUGCGGAUGCGCUGAAGGGAGCCGGGAUCCAGGUUGGCGACAUCAAUGAUCUGUGGCAGGCAGCGCAGCAGGCAUUCUCUCGCGAUGCCCAAGCUGUGGAUCUUUCUGCAGAAGCAUUGGUAGCUGGAUACCUGGACCUCAACUUGGAGAAGGGUCGCAUCAUUCGGGCAAUGAACUUCCUCAACUCGCUCCUCAGCAGAAUAACUGCAGCAUACUGCUAA